AUGUCGUCUUCCAAAACAUUACUACCCCAGGAGGGUACCGGCCGCUCUGCGGUCGGAGAAUCCCUCCCCACGUCCUUGGAUGUGGGCAGCCCCACCGUAUCUGGGGGGGGCAAAAGUCGACAACGGGGCCGUUGCCCCAAAAUUGCAGGCCGCAAUGUGGCCAGAUGUAGAAGCCGCGGGCGAUCAUCUACCCCAAAAGGGGAAUGUGAGCGCGAGAGAUCGCCGUACAGCACGCCGGGCGGUUCGCUAUUCGCGAGCGAUGUUUCAGACCCGGAGGAGGACCUUCCUGAAGUUUAUUUGACGGAAGCGCCCCCUACCAGGCCGAAACUUAAGCGCAGGUCGGACGAAAUAGAGGAAGAGGAAUUGUCCCCCGACAGGGUCCAAGGUCGGAACCGCAGCAAGAGGGCGAGGACCUGCCAAGAGACCGCUGAGGGACCGCUUGAAAUUGCGAGUCACGCAGAGACUAUCCGAAAGGCUGCCCAGUCCAUCUUGGAUAAUGCUACAAGGUCGGGACCUUUGGACAGCUCGAUUUGGGCCAAUCUGAGGAAUAACUGCCAGCAGCUGCUAGGCACUGCAAGCAAAUUGCAGGAGGAGACGGCCGAGGCCGAGGUGAUUCGUAAAUUAAAGGCGGACAAUAAGCGGAUGAGUGAAGAACUGGCUCUCCUGAGACAGGAGACGAAGGCUCUCCACUCUGCUUUUUCAGAGCGAAAAGCGCUUCAGGAGAACACCUCGGACUCGACGUUCAUGGCCCGGGUUGAGCAAGCCCUAACCGAGUUCCGGGAGACCAUUACUCGGGACCUGUUCGUGUCUUUGGGAGGCAUGGUCAAUGACCGCCUCAAGGAUGCUGAAAGGAGGCGCAUUAUUGCUCCUAAGGAGAUAUUACGCCCUCCACUAGCAGCGGACCAAAGGCGACUCGAGGCUAAAGAAGCCGUAGGUAACCAGGGAGCGGACACAUCAAAGUCUAACCCGGUGCCCACGGUGCCGGUGACGGCCGGUACAACAGGAUCCACCCUGAUUUCACCUGCGAGAGCGGGCCCAGCUCCCAAGGGCAAAAAGAAAAGAAAAAGAAAGAAAAAGAAAUCCGGGCUUGCUCCUGACGCCGCUUCUCAGGAUCCUGCUCACGCCCUUGACACCCUUGAACCUUUAGCGGUCGUUGAGGGACCCUGGACGAUGGUCGUCCGCAGGGGACAAGGCAAGGGAUUAGGCAAAGGAAAGCAAACUAGUAGGAAAGCCCCAAAGAGUUUCACCCUGCCCAAAUCAUCAGCGGUGGUAGUGACACUGAAGCCGGAGUCUUCUACCGACUACAAGUCAGUAAUGAGUAGGGUGACAACUCUUCAAUUAUCGUCCAUAGGGGUGGAGCACGCUGCGGUGCGCAGAACCGCUACGGGGGCUCGUAUUAUAGAGAUUCCAGGUGGGGACAGUGGCGCCGCGGCUGACAACCUUGCCGACAAAAUAAGAGAAUUGGUGGGGGAUGUCGCCGUGGUAUCUCGGCCAUAUAAAACAGCGCAAAUAAAAAUUGCAGGCUUCAAUGAAGCUGUUACGCCGGAGGCCCUUCAAGCCGAGGUAGCCAAGGUCGGGAAUUGUCCACUAGGACAGGUAAAACUAGGGCAAAUUCGGCUUGCACCAAAUCAGACUGGGGCUGUCAUAGUUACCUGCCCCGUUGCCGCGGCUAAUACCCUGAUCACGGCUGGCCGCCUCCUAGUAGGAUGGUCAGCCGCCAGAGUAAUUGGCCUAAAGGCUUUGCCAAUGCGCUGCUUUAGGUGUAUGGGUAUGGGUCAUACUCGAGCCUUAUGUCCUUCCCCAGUGGACAGAUCGGACUUGUGCCACCGCUGCAGCAAAGCGGGGCACCUCACCUCGGCGUGUGGUGUUAAAGAACCCUGGUGUGCGGUGUGUCAUCUGGCAAAAAAGCCGGCAAAUCACGUAAUGGGGGGUAAAGUCUGCAACCCCCCUCGUACCAAAGGACGGCUGGCGACAGCGGCGCCUCCAACUGCGCCUACAACGGCGCCAGAGAUAGGUGGUGAAAUGGAGCAAUGA